GAAGCAGGAAGGCAGGAAGGCGGGCAGUGAGGCGGACAGGCAGAGAGAGAGAGGUGGAAGAGGAAGGCUGUGCAUGCUAACAAGCCCCUUCGUGGUCGUCCCCAGCGCCCCAAACAUGCUGUAAUGGAGAGGAAAGACGAGCGACGUUAAGCCGGCCGCCAUGAACAAGCGCCCCGCAGCCGCCGGCACCUUUGAUUUGAGAGGAAAAAACGCCCUUUUUUCUCGCUGAGUGAAAUGUGUCGCGAUUGCUCGGGGACCGCAUUGUGACAAUGGAGAUCGAAAAUAUCGUGGCCAACACGGUUCUCCUGAAGGCGAGAGAAGGUGGAGGAGGGAAGAGGAACGGCCGCAGUAAGAAAUGGAAAGAAAUGCUAAAACUGCCCCAUAUCAGCCAGUGUGAGGAGCUUCGGCGCACCAUUGAGAGAGACUAUACCAGUCUGUGCGAGAAGCAGCCCAUUGGUCGACUUCUAUUUCGUCAGUACUGUGACACUAGGCCAGAGCUGAAGCGCUGCAUCGAGUUCAUGGACGCUGUGGCUAUGUACCAGCUAGCUCCAGAUGAGAAGCGGAGGGACUGCGGUUUGAAUGUUUUAGACACUUACUUCAAUAAUGGGUCAGCAGCCCAUCUGCCAGACGUACCCCAAGACGUGGUCGCUGGGUGCCGGGAGAGACUUGAGCAGAGUCAUUGUAAGGAGCUCUUCAAUGACUGCACCAAAAUAGUUCGUGAUUAUCUAAGUGGAGCUCCCUUUUCAUCCUACCAGGAGUCCAUGUACUUCUCUCGCUUCCUGCAGUGGAAAUGGUUGGAGAGGCAACCAGUAACCAAAAAUACCUUCAGACAUUAUAGAGUACUAGGAAAAGGUGGAUUUGGCGAGGUUUGUGCCUGCCAAGUACGCGCCACCGGUAAGAUGUACGCCUGUAAAAAGCUGGAAAAGAAACGAGUGAAGAAAAGAAAAGGUGAAGCAAUGGCACUAAACGAAAAACGAAUUUUAGAAAAAGUUAACAGUAGUUUUGUAGUUAGUUUAGCAUAUGCCUAUGAGACCAAGGAUGCGCUGUGCCUGGUGUUGACCAUAAUGAAUGGUGGUGACUUAAAAUUCCACAUCUACAACAUGGGCAACUCUGGCUUUGAUGAGCAGAGAGCCAUCUUUUACGCUGCUGAGAUCUGCUGUGGCCUUGAGGACCUGCACCGUGAGAGGAUAGUCUACAGAGAUUUAAAACCUGAAAACAUCCUUCUGGAUGAUCGUGGGCACAUCCGCAUUUCAGACUUGGGUCUUGCUGUGCAAAUUCCGGAAUCAGAGACGAUACGAGGGAGAGUAGGCACUGUUGGUUACAUGGCUCCAGAAGUAAUCCAAAAUGAGAGUUACAACUUUAGUCCAGACUGGUGGGGUCUGGGCUGUCUCAUCUUUGAAAUGAUCCAAGGCCAGUCGCCCUUUCGCAAACGCAAAGAACGAGUCAAGCGGGAGGAGGUGGACAGACGAGUGCGCGAGGAUCAAGAGGAAUAUUCUGAGAAGUUUUCUGAAGACUCGAAGGACAUCUGCAGACAGCUCCUGUCUAAAGAUCCUAAGAUUCGGCUUGGUUGUCAGGGUCGGGGGGCUAUCGAGGUCAAGCAGCAUCCCAUCUUCAAAAACAUCAACUUCAAACGAUUGGAGGCCAACAUGCUGGAGCCUCCUUUCAGCCCAGAUCCCCGGGCCGUGUACUGCAAAGACGUCCUUGACAUCGAGCAGUUCUCCACUGUCAAAGGUGUGAACCUUGACCCCACAGAUGACGACUUCUACCACAAGUUUGUCACGGGGAGUGUCUCCAUCCCGUGGCAGAAUGAGAUGAUCGAAAUGGAGUGCUUCAAAGAAAUCAACGUCUAUGAGACCGACGGGACGCUAUGUUCAGACCUGGACGUGAACCGACCUAACCCUCCACCAAAGAGAGGCUUCUUCUACCGCCUGUUCAGAAGAGAGGCAAGUGCUAGUGCUGCGGCAACUGUCCGAGGGGGUGGGGGCUAAGGUUUGCUUUAAGAGCGGUUACAGCGACGACGAGUUCGAGGAGCCCUCACGACUUUAAACCACUCCUUCCACCCACCACCCCCCCCCAGAUCUAAACCAUAAACUCCAGCCGAGUGCGAAUUUUAGGAACUCAGUGAAUGUUGACCUGUAUUUAUGAACUGUAUUAAAAAUGUAUUAUAAUUAAAGAAAAAAGUAUGAGUUUAAAGAUUUUGUACCUUUGUACUUGAAUUUAUGUCUAGAUGUAUAUUUUCACUAAAGGUUGUAUUGUACAAAAAGCCAUAAAAGUACCACUUGAAUGCAUACAUUACAUAUUGAUUUUCUUGUUUUGGGAACGAGUAUGGAUAAUGUUUAUUUGGGCAGUUUUUGUUGUAUUUUUUUAAAGAAGCACAGUACCAGUUGUCUUUAUUUUUUCUCAAUGUAGCAUAAGGCCUUUUUUUUUUGUUCUUUAUUCUUUUAUGUGCUGUAUGUUUUAACAUUGAUUUGGCCAAUGUGACGUGUUUUUAGCACAUCAGAUCCACCUAACCCCAAAUUAAGGCAUUGCCUCCUCAACUCAAGGCUCAGGUAGAUCUGAAUGAAAUCUGUCAAUAUACAAAUGUAUUGAUUAUUGCUUUAUUGUUGCUUUACUUGGCCCAUCAGAAAGAACCGCUCUCCCAAACCGGUGAGCCCAAUAGGCUCAUAUUUACCACCGUAUUUUUCGGACUAUGGAACGCACCAGAAUAUAAACGGCACCCACUAAAUUCUAACUAUAUGUCGCGGAUCUUAUUAACAAAGAAACAUAGCCGUUAGAGAAGAAAAAUCCAUAGAUUAACCGCAGCGUUGUAUAAGCUGCAGGGUGCAAAGCAUAGGUAAAAAGUAGCUUCUUAUAUUCCAGAAAAUACGGUAAUAUCCGAUAUCAGACAUUGUUUCCUCUCUUCAGUUAAUAUUUUGCAAAAAUGACUUGGGCAGAGCUAGAUUUAUUUUAUUUAUUUCUUCGUUUAGCAAUGGGGGGGGAAUAUUCCGACAUUUUGCUGCCCAAGCAAGUGCUAAGAGGGAGUGUUAGCAUCACAUUGUUAAAAAUCUGACCUGCAGCUGACAAAUACUUCCAUCCUUUUAGCAUAUUGCUGUCGAAUCAAUCCUGUUCUGCCUCUGAAGUGAGAUUAGAGCCUGCUUUUGCCUUUUGUGCAGUAAGUAGAUCAUGAAUAGCCGCUACGGAGGCUCAUUUGUGUUUUUAUUACUAAAACUUUCUUUUGACACUGCUUUUAUGAACUGAACUGUUUGAAAUUUGUGGACUAAUUUAAUUUUUUUUUACAUUAAACUGUGCAGACUAAUUAAUUGAAGACAAUAUGUGUGUGUUUAAAAAUCAGUGUUUUGAAAUUUAGUUUAUACAAAUUCAAUAUAUAAAAUUUAACGCAGAAAUAUUUGUUGCUUCAAAACUCAAGACUCACGUCGGGUAAUUUAAGACCAAAGCAUUCGAUUUUGUCUCGGAACUAGCCAAUAAGGUGUCAGGUUUGCAGUCACGCCUUGAAGAGUAGGGGCAUAGCAAGUCAGUGAUGUACUGAGGGGCCCCACUAUGCAACGCACAGAAUGUCACAACUAAAAUGUCAAACCCAAUGCGAAAUCAGUCCACAAAAUUCAAACGCAAUACGUUCAGUUGCCUAAUUCCAGUGUCCAAAAAGAUUUUGGUAACACAUGCACAAGUUAACCCCUAUAGUCCACCCGUUGACCACAUAUCUGAACUCGAUGUGUGGCUAUAUUCCGUGACCUAAGCUAUGUUUAUGCUAGAUAACUAGAACCAUGGAUGUUGUAAUAGUGCACAACCUUUGACUCUUCCAUUAAAAAGCAUACCGCGAUAUGUGGUUCACUCGUAGAAUGGUGCGUGUCGAUGAUAAAAAAAAAGGGACGAAGGUGGGAUUUCAACUCUCGACGGAGGCGCCCGGCGUUUCAAAGGUGGUCAGUGUAACUUCCUACCGUCACUUUUCAAUACUGUGAAUACUCAGUGUGUGCAUUGGCAUCAGCUCUUCAGUUCAAUCCACGGCAUCAAAUUUGAUGUGAAUGGAUAGAGAAUCUGUCAGUUGAUUUUUUUUAUUCUGUUGCAUAUCAUGGGGUGUCUGCAGCAUAUAUAUGAGCGUGCGUGCAUAUAUUACUCCCUCUGCUUUCAUACUUUCUUGCUCUAAAAUUGCACAAUCCACUAUCACUAUAACAAACGUGCCAUGUCGCUGGCUUGAGUCGUUUGUUUCUAUUUGUUGCUCUCAGGCAUGCUCUGAAGCGGACUCUCUUGCCUUUGUAGAUUUUAGCCUUUUUAGUUGUGUUUUGUUUUUUGUACCUCCAGCCUCAAAAACCUUGUACAUUUAAAAAAAAAUACAUAGAAAAUCUGUUAGACACUGACUUAUAGGGAAAUUGAUGCCUGCACCUUUUCACCUGCCAUGGUCAGUAACAGGAGUAGUCCUCCACUUUCCACUUGACAUACUCAUUGCACUGGGAUGUACUUCCGCAAGUGUCUCCUUUCUGCCGAUGAUAUACCAAAACCAAUACUGAUAUUGUUUAUUGUUUGAAAAAUGAAGCGAGGAAAGACUGACGGCCUUCAUUGCGUGUGCCAAUAGAAAAAUGCGUCACGCCUUCUUUCAUCCCCUUCACCCCUUCCGUCCGUUUUUAGGAGAAAAUCCCCACAGUCUACGGAACUUUAAACUGCUCCAAAAGUUUUGAAUGUCCGCACUAAGUGCAUUGUAAUGCCUGUUUUAAAGCAUGUAUCGGUUUGUAAUACUUCAGGUUCCUUGUAUAUGUAAAAUGAUGACCUUUUAGUGCCAACAUAUCUCUGGUAUCUGAGGAGAGUAGAAACGACCUGUAGAGAUGGCCUCGUUGGAAUAUGUUCCAUGCAUUCCUUCAUGCCCUUCCAAACUGGGCUAACAGUAUAAUCCUGGAGAAACACUUAAGAGUUUCUCAUUUUGGUCAGUCAGUGUAAAGUUAUUUCAAGGAAUGCUCCACUGGUAUUCUAACCGGGCCUGAGACCCACCUCCACCACCCCUUUCCCCUUUUUUUUUUUUCUUUUUUUUUUUUGUACCUGUACAGUCAUGUUGUUCAACCACUGCAGUCAUUGUUAAUUCUUGUACAAGUUGUAUCACUGGUUGUUGUACCAUAUCUUACAUUUGUAAUUAUGAAACAAUACACUGCCAUUUGUAUAAAAUG